CACAUAAUUAACCUUAUCCUUUCUACACACGCCCUUUCUCCACUUAUAAAUAUCCAAAGAUGUCGAGCCGUUGGAUCCUGCGAAAGUUUAAAGGUGGUAAGGUAUAGUGUUUAGUUCAUAGAUCUCCCAUAUUCCUGAAAAUGGGCGAUGUUGGUAGGAGACACUACUCCAUAAUACUGGUCACAUAUCUUCUCUUUGUAAACACCUUGAGCAAUGUCAAUGGUGGGAUCACAAGCACCUUUGUACGCUCUGAGUUUCCAGCCACUGAUAUCCCUCUUGACCAUGAAGUAUUCGCAGUUCCACCUGGUUACAAUGCACCACAACAAGUUCACAUCACUCAAGGUGAUUAUGAUGGUAAAGCUGUAAUAAUCUCAUGGAUUACACCAGAUGAACCAGGAUCCAGUGAAGUGCAGUAUGGAAAAUCUAACAAAAAUUAUGAGUUUACAGCACUAGGGACUGCUCCCACAAAAUACACUUUCUACCAAUAUAAGUCAGGCUAUAUCCAUCACUGCCUUCUCUCCAACCUUGAGCAUAACACUAAGUACUACUACAAAAUUGGGAGUGGUGAUGUAGCAAGAGAAUUUUGGUUCGAAACACCUCCAGAGCUCAAUCCAGAUACUCCUUACGUAUUUGGGAUUAUUGGAGAUUUGGGGCAAACAUACAAUUCUCUUUCGACUUUGGAGCAUUACAUGGAGAGUAAAGCAAAGGCAGUGUUAUUUCUGGGAGAUCUUAGUUAUGCUGAUCGGUAUGCUUCUUCGUAUGAGUAUGAUCAAAUUGGGUUACGUUGGGACACCUGGGGUCGCUUCGUUGAACCAAGCACUGCCUAUCAACCAUGGAUUUGGAACACUGGAAACCAUGAAGUCGACUUUUUGCCUCAACUGGGAGAAAUGACAACUUUCAAGAACUAUUUGAAUCGAUACACUACACCUUAUAAGGCGUGCAACAGCAGUGACCCACUUUGGUACUCAAUCAGACGAGCCUCUGCUCACAUAAUCGUCCUCUCAAGCUAUUCUCCAUAUGUAAAAUACACACCUCAAUACAUAUGGCUAAAACAAGAACUGAAAAACGUGGACAGAGAAAAGACGCCAUGGCUGAUUGUUCUUAUGCACAUUCCAUUCUAUAACAGUAACAGUGCUCACUUCAUGGAAGGAGAAGGCAUGAGAAGUACGUUUGAGAGUUGGUUUGUUGAUUACAAAGUUGAUGUCGUCUUUGCUGGACAUGUUCAUGCAUAUGAAAGAUCGAAUAGAAUCUCAAAUAUAAAGUUCAAUGUUUCAAAUGGUUAUCCUUAUCCUGUACCCGACGAAUCAGCUCCACUUUACAUCACCGUCGGAGAUGGCGGAAAUCAAGAAGGCCUCGCCGGACCUUUCCUGGACCCACAACCAGAGUACUCUGCUUUCCGUGAAAUGAGUUAUGGGCAUUCAACGUUGGAGAUUUUUAAUCGCACACACGCACUGUACCAUUGGAACCGCAAUGACAAUGGCAAGAAGUUACCCACCGAUGCCUUUGUGCUACACAACCAGUACUGGGCUAGCAAACAGAUGAGAAAGGAGAAGAAGCAUUAUCUACGGAGUGUAGCUGCAGGUCUUGGGGUUUAUUGAGAAGAAUUUGCUUGGUUCCAAAGCCUACUUUUUAAGCACUAGAGUAGAAAUAAUCUAAGCUUUUUAAUUGUACUAC